UUUGGACACAAGUUUUAUUUCUCGGAGCCUUCCUACUUUCAUCUUAUCCAUGGUUGCCUCUUAACUUCUACUCUUCUCGACGCCGAGUUCGAUUUCACCAAAAUCCAGUCGACACGCUCAUUUCCUCUUGUCAACUUAACUGUCAUGAACUGACGCGAAUUGAACCCCGACUCCGCCCCCAACCCACACACGAUGUACGGCGAAUACCGCUCCCAAUCCCACCAGCGUGGCGACAGCCCACGCCGCUCAUCUCCCCAUCACGACUCGAGGGACUACUAUCGAUCGCGGAAUGACCAUUCAAGGAGUCCAGUCCGAGACAGGAGACGCGACUACAGAGGAGGAUAUCACAACCGCGACGAGCUGCAAUAUGACGAAGACGACGACGCUCAAGGGCGAGAACAGGGCGAGUGGGACGAGAGCGAGGACAGAGGCCGACAGCAGCGGCGGAGGAGGUCGUUUUCUGAGGGCGGCGCCCAUGACGGAAGGUCUGGCAGGUCUCUGACGCCUAUUUCCCGCCCUGGCCCUUCCAAUACGUUGAUACUGGAGGGCUUGCCGAUGGAAGUGAACGAGGAUGAUAUUCUCGAUGGAUUCGAUGCCUUUACCAACUCAUCCCGAUUCGCAUCGGAUCAGAUCAGAGCCGUUCGACUACGAACCAAUAAGCUAGGCCGGAGGAUAUGCUUUGUCGAGUUCUUCAGCGUCAAUGAUGCCGAAGACUUCAUCGAACGAAACAAUUACAGGAUGAGUUUGGAUCUCCCAGUACCUGGAAGAAGGGAACUGGAGUCUGUUCAAGUCAGCGUCAACUACAGCCGGAACAAGGAGGAUGCCGGCGGAAGCGAUGGACGCUGGACUUGCCCACAUUGCGCCGGUGUCAACUAUUCACGCCGGGUGGCCUGCUACAAGUGCGGUCGAGACGAAGACGAUUCCGCGGGCCCAAUUUUGACUGGCGAGACCGAUGAAGCGCCUGCGCAUUUACCUUCACAGUACCUCGUCGUCAGAGACUUGGAGGGGUCUAUUACUGAGGAGGUCCUCGCCAAAGGCAUUACAAAGCUUUUUAUCGACGAAAGCAAGAUUCCAAAAGAGCAAGCUCCGCCAGCUAAGAAACUCAAGUCUACAGCCCCUGUCGGCAACACCACCAAUUUGGGUGCCAAGCCUGGAUCCCUGCGUAGAGUAUUCCUUAUGCGUGACAGAAGAACCAACGAGUCGUGGCGGUACGGCUUUGCUGAGUUCCGGACUUUGGAAGAUGCUCAGGCUGCCGCUGCCAAAUUCAGGGCUUCGCCCAAGUUCACAAUAUCGUCAAAACCUGUCACUGUUGGGUUCAUCCAUACCGGAGUGUUUGUCCCUGUUUUGGAGGCGGAUGGCCAUGAUUCGCCUCCGACGGCCUUUGUUCCGGUCUACAAUCGGGAGGUGAAGCUCAAGUACUGGGACAGCAGGGCAUAUCCGAGCAUUUAUGACGUGAACCGAGAGUCUAGCCCGGAGCCGACUAGUCCAGAAGGCGCCAGUCCGGAUAAGCCCGAUGUUGACUCGAAUGCUACAGUUGACGCAAAUGGCAAAAGAGUCAAGAAAUCAAAGGACAAGGAGAAGGAGAAGGCAAUUGCCAUGGCGCCCCAGAUGCAGAUGUGGGCUAAGAAGCGGGCAGAGCUGCACCGGGCUGGAAUACAGCCAGGCGCCGAAGGCGUGGUGGAGAUGGAAUUGGAUCCCACAGGCGAAGGGGAGCAGCAACAGCAGCAACGAAGGGCUUUUGGUCCCCGAGCCAAGCAUGAUAAAGACAUAUACACCAGUUAUGGGAAUACGGAUGACCUUACUUGCCUUUUAUGCAUGCGACGGUUUACCACAGCGCAGGAUCUUCGCGACCAUGAGGUACUUAGCCAAGACCAUGCAUCUGCGCUGCAGGAUGCCGACAAGGUCCGUAAGGCUACCACCAGGCUGGAAAAAGUCGGCAAAAAGCCAGAAACUGUGGUACGGCGCACAACUCGCGACAGGUCUGAUCCAGCGCCUAUCUAUACGUCAUAUGCGGACCCGGAUGCGAUUUGUUGUAUGCUAUGCCGCAGAAGGUUCAAGGGGCUGGCUACUCUGCGGUUGCACGAGAGGGAAAGUGAGCUGCACAUUACGAUGUUGAGAGACGAAAAACGUGUGGAGCAGGCCGUGAUUGAGCUAGUCAAGCUUGGCAAAACCCCGGUCCAUAUGAGGCCCAAGGAAAGCGGCAACCAAUAUCGCGACCGAGCCAGGGAAAGACGCAAGGCCUUUGGUCCGUCAACCAAGGCCAGGAGCGGCCAGAACCAACCAAAGAAGGACGGCGGCAAAAAGGAAGAGGCAGCACCCAAGGAGAAGCAACCAUCCAAGGGCGCGGCGCUGCUCAGCAAAAUGGGCUGGACGGCCGGACAAGGGCUGGGUGCGGAUGGCAGCGGGCGUGCAGAAGCGAUCCGGACCGAGAUGUACAGGCCAGGUGUUGGACUUGGAGCUGAGGGAGGAAAGGUUGGAGAUGCUGCCGAGGCGGCAAGUCGGAACACCAAGGGUGUUUACGACGACUUUGUCAAGGUUACAAAGGAUAAGGCAAGGGAGAGGUUUGAGAAGUUGGAGUAACGUGACUUGGACCGUUACGGGGCCGAAAUGUUAUCUAGGUUCACCAACACAUGCUAGCCCAAUCGUUCCAUAGCAUCCGAUGUGAUGUACCGAUG